UGCUUCCCAUGUCAUAGUUUCCCUCGUGGAAAAGUAUCCUAACUAUGUGAUCAUUAAUCUGGAUAAGCUGGACUACUGUGCAAGCUUAACAAAUCUUAAGACAGUUUCUGAGAAAGAGAACUACAAAUUUGUUCAGGGAGACAUCUGUGAACCCAAUUUCAUGAAAGAAUUAUUUGAGACUGAGAAAAUUGAUAUAGUGUUACAUUUUGCAGCUCAAACGCAUGUAGAUCUUUCAUUUUGGCACAAACUUGAGUUCAACUAUGUUAAUGUUUAUGGAACAUACAUUCUGCUUCGGGCCGCUUAUAAGGCUAAUGUGGAAAAGUUUGUAUAUGUCAGCACUGAUGAAGUUUAUGGAGGAAGUUGUGAUAAGGAAUUUGAUGAAUCUUCACCCAAACAACCCACAAAUCCUUACGCGAAAUCUAAGGCAGCUGCUGAAUGCUUUGUCCAAUCUUACUGGGAAAGAUAUCAGUUUCCAGUGGUUAUCACACGGAGCAGCAACGUUUAUGGACCCCAUCAGUUUCCAGAAAAAGUUAUUCCUAAGUUCAUUUCUCUCUUACAGCAGAAUAGAAAAUGUUGCAUUCAUGGUUCAGGACUUCAGAAAAGAAAUUUUCUUUAUGCUAGUGAUGUAGCAGAAGCAUUCCUUACCGUUCUGAAGAAAGGGCAGCCAGGCGAAAUUUACAACAUUGGGACCAGUUUUGCAGUGUCUAUUACCCAGCUUGCAAAGGAAUUAAUCCACCUUAUUAAAAAUACUAGUUCAGAAGCUGAGAUAGAACACUGGAUGGAUUAUGUUAAAGACAGGCUUUUUAUUGAGGAAUGCAGCUGAGCUUGUCGAUCAGAAAGAUCAGCAGUUCGGAUCCCUAGCAUUGCGUAAUGGAGUGAGCU